AUGAAUACAUACAGAGAGAGUAUCAUGGAGCCAGGCUUAGAAACAGAAGAUCCAAAGAACCCCUUCACCAAGAUUGAUAAUGUCGUGAGAAGUUUCAGAAAUAUGUAUAAAUAAGCAAGAAGAAGAGCUCAAAUCUUACGACGCUUUUAAAAAGAUGGGUAACCUCAAGUUCAGAAUUGAUAACAAGAUGACAAUCAAUUCUAUUGAGAAGAAAACAAACUCUCGCUCCCCUAUGAAGUCCGAAACAGUGAGUGAGUCCGAAGGCGUAGAGAUGAAGCUCGAAGCUAAUCGAUUGAAAGACAGGAAAUAGAGCUGAGUUUCCAGGGCAAAAACAAAGAAGCCAAGUAAAAGGCAUAAUAUCAAAAUAUGAGAACAAGGUUACCUUUCAUCACAGUCAAGGUGAUACCUCAAGUGACAUUAAAGGAGGAAGUCAUGCACGAAGCAUGGCUAAGAUCAUAGAUGUAGACAAAAAGACCACACUUAAGCAACUAUUAUUACCUUAUCUUGAGAAGAAGCAGGAGAGGAACAAGAUGCCGAAAAAGCCUAAACAGACUUUAGGCUCUUUCCUUAUACAAAAAGGGAAGCAGAUCAAUGUUGAGCCAGGAGUCAACUCUUCUCUAUUCAAGAGAUCUCUUCAAAGGAAUCCUAUUGGGUCUGUUAAAAAUCUGCAGAACAAGAAGCUUGACAUCUUGUUGAGGCAAAGUUUUAAUAAGCAACAGAAGGACUCUGUGAAGAACUUUCACAAAUCUAUCAAUAAGAAGAACCCAUUUAUGUUCACUGGAAUUAGAAAUGUCAAGCAGGCUCAGGCACAGAAGGUGGACUACAAGCUUGAUUCAGCAAAUUCUUCUGAAGUCUCGCUUAAUAAUACAAAAAGGAAAAGAAAUGCUCACUCAAUGCCAAAAAUCCACAGUAAGCAUACGCUUGGGAUUCCAAGUGUGAGCCAUUUCAAGGCUGAACAAAUUUCGAGAGAUUCUCAGAUCGAAACUGAUAGGUCAAAGAAGGGGAAUCCGAAAUUCUCCUACAGAGACAGAAGGCUUGAUGAAAUCACUGCUCUCAGGAAAGCAUACCUCAAGGACUACACUGAGUUCAACUUCAAGAUUGAUACCAUACUGAACGAAGGCUAUUCGUACAUCAUGCAUUUAAAGGAAUAAUUCUAGUAAAAUGUAUCUAUUUCAUAAUUUCUAAAGAGAAAUCUGUAGUUAAAAUCCUUUAAAAGGAGCUCUCCAUCAGCAAUGAUUCCUACAAGGCACUAGGAGAUUAUAUACGCUAUUCGAGUUACACAAAUUUUAAUACAGUCCUUUUAAGCAAACUCAUAAAAUGAAUACUAUAAGGUCAAUAGAGAGAAACAUUUGAGAAUACUUAAACUUAAUUACUUGUGGGAGUUCAGGAGUCGACUGAUAGUGCAG